CGGGGUCGAGGAGGCGAUGCGGGCGCGGGGCCGGGGGCGCCUGCCCCGGCAGCUGCUGCUGCUGUUGGCGCUCUGCGUGCAGGCGGCGCGGCCCAUGGGCUAUUUCGAGCUGCAGCUGAGCGCGCUGCGGAACGUGAACGGGGAGCUGCUGAGCGGCGCCUGCUGUGACGGCGACGGCCGGACGACGCGCGCGGGGGGCUGCGGCCACGACGAGUGCGACACGUACGUGCGCGUGUGCCUCAAGGAGUACCAGGCCAAGGUGACGCCCACGGGGCCCUGCAGCUACGGCCACGGCGCCACGCCCGUGCUGGGCGGCAACUCCUUCUACCUGCCGCCGGCGGGCGCCGCGGGGGACCGGGCGCGGGCCCGGGCCCGGGCCGGAGGCGACCAGGACCCGGGUCUCGUCGUCAUCCCCUUCCAGUUCGCCUGGCCGCGCUCCUUCACCCUCAUCGUGGAGGCCUGGGACUGGGACAAUGGCACCACCCCGGAUGAGGAACUGCUGAUCGAGCGGGUGUCGCACGCGGGCAUGAUCAACCCGGAGGACCGCUGGAAGAGCCUGCAUUUCAGCGGCCACGUGGCACACCUGGAGCUGAAGAUCCGUGUGCGCUGCGACGAGAACUACUACAGCGCCACCUGCAACAAGUUCUGCCGGCCCCGCAACGACUUCUUCGGCCACUACACCUGCGACCAGUACGGCAACAAGGCCUGCAUGGACGGCUGGAUGGGCAAGGAGUGCAAGGAGGCCGUGUGUAAACAAGGAUGUAACCUGCUCCACGGGGGGUGCUCCGUGCCUGGGGAGUGCAGGUGCAGCUACGGCUGGCAGGGGAGGUUCUGUGACGAGUGCGUCCCGUACCCGGGCUGCGUGCACGGCAGCUGUGUCGAGCCCUGGCAGUGUAGCUGCGAGACCAACUGGGGCGGCCUGCUCUGCAACAAAGACCUGAACUACUGCGGCAGCCACCACCCCUGUACCAACGGGGGCACGUGCAUCAACGCGGAGCCCGACCAGUACCGCUGUGCCUGCCCCGACGGCUACUCGGGCAAGAACUGCGAGCGGGCCGAGCAUGCCUGCGCCUCGAACCCGUGUGCCAACGGGGGCUCUUGCCACGAGGUGCCCUCAGGCUUCGAGUGCCACUGCCCAUCCGGCUGGAGCGGGCCCACCUGUGCGCUUGACAUUGACGAGUGCACCUCCAACCCGUGUGCGGCAGGGGGCACCUGCGUGGACCAGGUGGACGGCUUCGAGUGCAUCUGUCCCGAGCAGUGGGGGGGAGCCACCUGCCAGCUGGACGCCAAUGAGUGCGAAGGGAAGCCGUGCCUUAAUGCUUUUUCUUGCAAAAACCUGAUUGGUGGCUAUUACUGUGAUUGCAUCCCGGGCUGGAAGGGCGCCAACUGCCACAUCAACGUCAACGACUGUGGGGGCCAGUGUCAGCACGGCGGCACCUGCAAGGACCUGGUGAACGGCUACCAGUGCGUGUGCCCACGGGGCUUCGGGGGCCGGCACUGUGAGCGCCAGCUGGACGAAUGUGCCAGCAGCCCCUGCCACGUCGGCCUCUGUGAGGACCUGGUCGACGGUUUCCGCUGCCACUGCCCCCAGGGCUUCUCGGGGCCGCUCUGCGAGGUGCACGUUGACUUCUGCCAGCCAAGCCCCUGCCGGGACGGGGCCCGCUGCUACAACCUGGAGGGCGACUACUACUGCGCGUGCCCCGAGGACAUGGGCGGCAAGAACUGCUCUGAGCCCCGGGCGCCGUGCCCUGGCGGGGCUUGCAGAGUGGUCGAUGGCUGCGGGUUCGAGGCCGGGACCAGGGUGGCCCGCGUGGCCCCCUCCGGCGUGUGUGGCCCCCAUGGACACUGCGUCAGCCAGCCCGGGGGCAACUUUUCCUGUGUCUGUGACAGCGGCUUCACAGGCACCUACUGCCACGAGAACAUCGACGACUGCCUUGGCCAGCCGUGCCGCAACGGGGGCACCUGCAUCGACGAGGUGGACGCCUUCCGCUGCUUCUGCCCCAGCGGCUGGGAGGGCGAGCUCUGUGACACCAAUCCCAACGACUGCCUUCCCGAUCCCUGCCACAGCCGCGGCCGUUGCUACGAUCUGGUCAACGACUUCUACUGCGCGUGUGACGAUGGUUGGAAGGGCAAGACCUGCCACUCGCGUGAGUUCCAGUGUGACGCCUACACCUGCAGCAACGGUGGCACGUGCUACGACAGUGGCGAUACCUUCCGCUGCGCCUGCCCCCCGGGCUGGGAGGGCAGCACCUGCACCGUCGCCAAGAACAGCAGCUGCCUGCCCAACCCCUGCGUGAAUGGGGGCACCUGUGUGGGCAGCGGGGACUCCUUCUCCUGCAUCUGCCGGGAUGGCUGGGAGGGCCGCACCUGCACACACAAUACCAACGACUGCAAUCCUCUGCCUUGCUACAACGGCGGUGUCUGCGUGGACGGCGUCAACUGGUUCCGCUGCGAGUGUGCGCCGGGCUUCGCGGGCCCUGACUGCCGCAUCAACAUUGACGAGUGCCAGUCCUCACCUUGCGCCUAUGGGGCCACGUGUGUGGACGAGAUCAACGGCUACCGCUGCAGUUGCCCUCCUGGCCGGUCUGGCCCGCGGUGCCAGGAGGUGAUCGUGUUCGGGAGGCCCUGCUGGUCACAGGGCGUGCCCUUCCCUCACGGGAGCUCCUGGGUGGAGGACUGUAACAGCUGCCGCUGCCUGGACGGCCGCCGGGAUUGCAGCAAGGUGUGGUGCGGCCGGAAGCCCUGCCUGCUGGCUGGCCGGCCUGACAGCCUGAGCACCCAGUGCCCACCUGGGCAGCAGUGCCAGGAGAAGGGCCCGGGCCAGUGCCUGCAGCCGCCCUGCGCGGCCUGGGGGGAGUGUGGCGCGGGGGAGCCCUGGCUGUCCGGCAGCUCUUGCCGGCCGCGCUCCGGCCACCUGGACCGCAGCUGCGCCCGCCUCACCCUGCACUUGGACCGCGAGCGGCUGCCCCAGGGCACCACCGUGGGCGCCGUCUGCUCGGGCAUCCGCGCUCUGCCCGCCACGAGGGCGGUGGCCCAGGACCGCCUGCUCGUGCUGCUCUGUGACCGGCCGUCCUCGGAGGCCAGCGCCGUGGAGGUGGCUAUGUCCUUCAGCCCGGCCCGCGACCUGCCCGACAGCAGCCUGAUCCAGAGUGCGGCCCAUGCCAUCGUGGCGGCCAUCACCCGACGGGGGAACAACAGCUCGCUGCUGCUGGCUGUCACCGAGGUCAAGGUGGAGACGGUCGUCAUGGGCAGCUCCUCCACAGGUCUGCUGGUGUCGGUGCUGUGCGGCGUGUUCAGCGUGCUGUGUCUGGCGUGCGUGGCCGUCUGCGUGUGGUGGACCCGCAAGCGCAGGAAAGAGCGGGAGAGGAGCCGGCUGCCGCGGGAGGAGGGCGCCAACAACCAGUGGGCCCCGCUCAACCCCAUCCGCAACCCCAUCGAGCGGCCGGGCGGCCCCAAGGACCCGCUGUUCCCCUGCAAGAACUUCACGCCGGCCCCGCGCGGGGCGGGGGAGGCGCUGCCCGGGCCGGCGGGCGGCAGGGAGGACGAGGAGGACGAGGAGCCCGGCCGCGGCGAGCACGACUCCCCGGAGGCCGAGAAGUUCCUCUCGCGCAAGUUCACCAAAGACCCCGGCCGCUCGCCUGGGAGGCCGGCCCGCUGGGCCUCGGGCCCCAAGGUGGACAACCGCGCCGUCGGGAGCCUCAGCGCCGCGUGCCGUGCCGUCCGGGAGUAGGGCUGCGGCCGCCAGCUGGGCCGGGACCCGGGACCCCUCGCCGGGUGCCACGCCACCCGCCGGACCACAGGAGGCCGAGGCCGUGUGCAUAGUUUCUUUAUUUUGUGUAAAAAAAAAAAACCCCAAAAGCAAAAAGCAGAUGUUUAUUUUCUAUGUUUCUUUAACCUUGUAUAAAUUAUUGGAUAACUGUCAGGCGGAAAACAACGGAGUAUUCUCGGAUAGUUGCUAUUUUUGUAACGUUUCUGUGUGUCGCACUCGCCGUGUGGCAGGGAAAAGCAAGGAUGUCUGUGCUCUCACCAAGUCGUUGAGCGUUUGUUCCCAGAGGUGGUGCACUGUUUACAGAAUCUUCCUUUAUUCCUCACUUGGGGUUCUCAGUGGCUCCAGGCCAAAGAGCCAGUGGGACCCAUGGCUGUCGGUGGGACCACCCGAGGCUGACAGCGGGACCCGUGGCUCUCAGCGGGACCUGUGAUGUUCGGCGUGGCCCAUGGCUGUUGGUGGCACCUGCGGUUGCAGUGGGGCUCGAGGUCAUUGGUGGGGCCCGUGGCGGUCGGCGUGGCCCGAGGCCCGUGGGCAGACCCUCGCCAGGUCGCCAGUCCGUCCGCGCUCCAGUCCGCCGUCCUCGCUUGCUCCUGCCCAGAGCACUCGCUCCAGAGAUCUCUCAACUGUGCUUUCAGAAGUGCCCUUCCUGACUGCUCUGUUCUCCCCGGGACGGCGGCAGUAUUGAAGCUUGUGACAAGUGCCUUCACACAGACUCUCCCCUCGCAACUGUCAACGUUUGCCGUGGGCACCAGGCCGCUGCCCACCUGCCGGCCCCGGCCGCCCCUCCUCGUGAAAGUGCAUUUUUGUAAAUAUGUACAUAUUAAAUGAAUCACUCUGUAUAUUUGAUUUAAUAACUUAAA